AUGGCGGAUCGCAGCCGGAGCCCCCCGGCACGCCAUCAGCUGGCCGUGUGGGACCCCUACCUCCCGGAGGGGGGCCAGCUCGAGCACGGGGUCUCGUGGGAUCCGUACUUCGCUGGAGGGCCAGCGGAGGUCGCCGCGCAGGCGUCGAUCAGACGCAGGCACGCGGAGAGCCACGGUUCCGCCGCUGAUCCUGCGAGUGCGCCGCAGGCCAGCGGCCCGCCGUGCAAUCCCCGGCAGACCGCUGGGCGGCUGGGAGACGACGUCGCGCGGGUGGCUGCAGGGAGAACCGCCGAAGUUCUGCAUCAGUUGAUGCAGUGCUCGCUCCCCUGCCCUGAAGCGGUCGGCGAAAUGGCGCCGCAGUCCCAGAAGCUGGCCGCUGGCGUUUCUGCGCGGCUGCACGGUGAGGAUGUCUUCGUCCUCGCGGUGUACUCGAGAUGGCGCGUCCCGCGCGCAGACGUCGUGCCUCUGCACAGGGGCGGAGAUGGCUGGGUCGCGCGCCUGCGCGACGCGCGGACGGUGGACGCGCGAUCCUUGACGGAGGUGCACACUUCCUUCGCACCCAGCCCAAACGAGACUGGCAGGGGCGCAAGCGUCCAUUUCCAGCGGCGCGCCCCCUUGGAGGCCCAGGGCGCAACUUCGAGCAGUGAGUUCGCCCCCGCGCGCGGCCUGGCGAACCAGUGGGCCGCGCGCGUUGCGGCGCCGCGGGACCCCGCAGAGACGACGCAGCUUUGCGGCAGCGUGGCCGAAAUCCAGCCUCAGGCUUUGCGGGGCCACGCGGCCGCCAGCGCCGCCAUGGGCAAACCGCACGGCGCCCAACCAAGAACCGAUCGUGUUGUGCAAGUCCGCUAUAUCCUCGAUGUUCCCUUCCCGUUGCCGUUUGACGCGCGCCCUUGGCGCUGUUCUCGGGACGUCUGCGGGCGAACGUUUCCCGUCGCAGACGAGGAUAUACGCCGCGCGUUCCCCGGCAUCCUCGUCCACCGGCCGCCCCGGAGCGCACCGAUCUACAUGACAGCGGCCUUCCUGACGUUCGUCGUCCAGAAUUUCUACGACGAGCUGAACACCCGCGCUGUCCGUCGCAGGAUCCUCAGUCUGUACGCUGCCAACGCUUUAUCUUUGCAGCUCGGCUCUGGCGCGGUUGCCGCCGUGACGGCGGUGCCGCCAGCUGGUGCCUUGCGUUCAAUGCUGAAGGUGGCGCUCGGCAACUUCCUGGACAAAGCUGUGGCCCGUGUACAGCGCCUCCAGUGCCUGUACAAUGGUCUGGUGAUCCGAGGCGACGGGAAUUUCAAGCUGGCGAAGCGAGCGCGCCUUCCUGUCUGGGGCAGGCGCUUCCACCUGCGGCCGUUCACAGUCGUCCUGGCGUGGGCCGGGACGGACGGUAGCCUGCUGCAGCCCGUGACCCUGAAGCGCGGGGAGACGCUUACCUCCAUCGUCGAAGACUUGGCGCCGCUGCUGGACCGCAUCAAAGCAACCCGCCUCGCUGCAGGACUGCCGCCCGAGGCGUGCGCCCCCGUCUUCCAUGCCACGGACAACUUCCGGAUUCAGCGCAAGCGGCUCCGGGCCUUGCACAGGCAGAAGUGGCCGGAGUUGCACGCGCGCGUGCUCGCGCGCACCCCGCUGGGCGACGCCACUGGCACCGCGGACGUGGACGCGUGCCCGACCCAGAUCACGGGCGACCCGCGGCAUGACGUCAUCGCCCUGAGGAAGUUGGCCCCUCCGACGUGCAACGACUGGCGCGAUUUCAUCGCCGACCACACCGACGCUCUGAACCGCCUGUCCGCGCCCGCGCCCCCUCCGCCAGCGCCAACCUUGGGGGCUGUGCCCCCGCGGCCCUCGCAGGAGGCGCGGCGCCUCUUGCGCUUCGGCGUGGAGCAGCCCGCGGAUGCUUUCCGCUGGGAGGUUUCCUUGCACCCGCCGGCCGCGCGGGAGCUCCGGGAGCUGCUCGGCUCCGCGGGCGCGUUGCAGUCUCCCGUCUGGACAGACGAGUUCCAGGCGCUUCCGCCGCGAGGGACUCUCGAGCGACUGGCGAAGCGCCUGGGAGCCACACUGCACCCUGCCAGCGGGUUCCACAACUUCGUUGACCAGCCAGGCUUCAAGAGGGAGAUCCGCCGCAUCAGGAAGUGGUACAAACCCGGGAGGAAGUUGACCCGCGCCCGGAGGGGGAUGGUCAGGAGCGAGGCGGCGCCCGCGCGGGUAAGGGGAGUGCGCAGCGUGUUCAACGCGAAGGUGAAGACCCACUAUAGACGUCUGCUGCAGGACGUCAGGCUGGAAGGCCUGUUCGCCUGGCGCGAUGCCGCCGCGGCCAUCCGGGCAGCGGGCAUCGCAGUCCAGAGCGGGACCGUUUCGGUCGAGCGCGUCUGGAGCAGCCUGCUGGACAUGUUUCCAGACCAAGCUCGGAACAUCAGUCCAGAGUGGUUCGCCUUGUGCAGUAAUGUCGCCAUCCUCAGGUUCAACUACAGGCACUUUCACGUGGGCCGGUCCCCCCCCUGGUGCGACGGGGACCCGCUCCUGGCGGAGAGGAUGGACCACUUGGCCGCCCAGCUGCGGCUUAUGGCGGCCCAAGGCCUGGACGACGCGGGCGGCGCCAUGGCGGCUCUCUACGAGCGAGGCGCCCGGGAGUGGCCGGGCCGGGGGCUCCGAGGGGGGCGAGCCGGGCAGCGCGCCGAUUCCUCCGCAUCCGCGGGCGGCUGGGCGGCUGCGGAGGACCUGCCCGGCGACCGAGGCGUGGCGCCCAGGCGUGGCCGGGCGGGGAGCUCCGAGCUCAGCAGAGGGGAGUAUAACACGAGGUACAUCCAGUGUCAACGCAAUCCUGAUUCGCUGCUGAAGGCUCGGCGCGUGCCAUGGUGCAAGGAGGAGGGCCCGAAUGACAAAUUCAUUAAGUAUUCCUGUUGGCCGUACAGCGUGUUGCUUCGCAAGGGCACUGCUGACACGAAGUGCAAGGAGGAGAUUUUCAACAAGGGUUCAUACAGCAGAUCUCUCACGAGGGGCUGCCGCGCCUGGUUGGAUCUCGGCGCCCACAUAGGUCUGUUCAGCAUCGCCGCGCUGAUGAAGGGAGCCCGAGAGGUCAUAGCUUGCGAACCGUUCGUGCCCAAUUAUGAGUUGGCCAAGCGGAACACAUCGGGGUUUGGGGUGACAGUUCUCCGGCAAGCCGUGGUUGCGCACUCCGAAUGCGCGCGGGGCCAUGUUGAUUUUCACGUUUGCAAGAACCCUGCGAACACAUGGAGACACUCUGUCGUCCCGACGCGGGGCCGUACUGUUAUCAAGGUCCCCAGUAUUAGUAUCGACGAUGUAGUGCAAACUUACACUCAGGUGGACGCAGUCAAAUUGGACAUCGAGGGUACAGAGGGGCAACCUGAGUUCGAUUUCCAGGCCUUGCGUUUGGAACAGGAGGUGGAGGCGGAGUCCAGGCGAGACGAGGAGGCGCGGAGGGCCCGCGUUGUUCUCGCCGAUCGCGACGCCGUCGCCGGAGGCGACACGACAGUUCUCUUCGCCCUCGACUCGCACUGGGUGGGUGCUGUCUCGGCGGCCCUUCCCGACUGGCUCAGGCUCCAAGUGAAUAGGCAGGCCAUGCACGAAAUGUUGCUUGUGAAGGCCAAGGCGUGCAAGUGGUACUCCACGCCCCCACACAAGUACUGGGACGAUGCGUUCAACCGCGUGGCGUCCGUGUGGCAACGGCCUCUGACGGAGCAGGUCGGGCCGAGCCUGACGGACUGGCUUCGCUCGGGGGCGCAGACCGUGGCCGCCGCUCUGCUGGAGCAGCCAGCGCCCACCAGCACGGAUGCCCUGAAUUGGCUCCCGAGCAUCUUUCAUGCUGUCCGGUGCUGGCCGCAGGCGAUGCCCUUCGACGUCGAGGGCGGCGCGGCAGCCGCCGAGGCCGAGGCCAAGUCCGACGCGCCCCCGCCAGAUGCAGCCCCCGCCGGCGCCUUGCACCCGACGUCGACGCCCGUGGAGGAGGGGGGCCGCGGCGAGGCGGCGGCCGCCGAGGCCAGUGCGCCGCUGAUGGUGGAGACGCCGCGGGUGACCUCUGGCGCGCGGGCGGCCUCGCCUGGUGCGACCGUCCGAAAAUAUGACUACGAGGUCGGCGACGCCGUGGAGUACUGGAGCACCUCGGCCGUGCGAUGGCUCAGAGCCAAGGUGCUCAAGACGGAGGGGUGCCCCCCGGGCCACGUCGAUCUGGACAUCAAGCCCUCCGCGCCGUUGGCCAAGUUGCGGCCCCACACGGAUGCACCCGCGGAGGAGCUGGCGGUGGCCGCCAGCUCCCCGCCACACCCGGGCACCCCGGGGGCGUCGACCAGUGCUGAGGGGCUGGCGGUGGCCGCCAGCCCCCAGGCAUACCUGGGCGGUGCUGAGGAGCCGGAGGGCCUGGCCGGUGCUGAGGAGCUGGCGGUGGCCGCCAGCUCCCCGGCAUGCCCGGGCAGUCCCGGGGCCGCCGCGCCGGCAGCCCUCCGCGCGACUCUGCUCACAGAAGACAGGGCGUUCACCAUCCUCGGCCCCGCGGUGGCAGAGCUCAUGCUCGGAGGCGGCAAACCAUGCGAAAACAGGGAUCGCAAGAUAUUUCGGCCGGGGUGGCACUGGCUGCACAUCGGGAAGAACGACGAGAGCCCCGACGCGAAGGCGAUCUUGCAGCGCACGGCGCCCCACGCUGCAGCUAACCCAAGCUUGCCCCGACGCGCCCUGGUCGGGAUGGUGCUUCUCGGGGCACCGCGGCCGCCUGGCGAACAACCUGGCCCAUGGGACAUUGGGCCUAUCUGCUACCCCAUCCUCGCGGCCGUUGCUCUGGACGCCCCCAUUUCGCCAGUCAAGGGCGGCCAGGCCCUGUGGCGCUUGGAAGAGGGUACCAUGCAGGCCGUGGCGGACGCGCUCCCCGGGGCUGAGUACCGGGAGUUCCCCGGGGCGGCGAGCGCAUUGCAGCCGCCGCCUGGGGGGCGCGCGGCUUCGCCGCCGAGGCCGCCCGCCGCUGCCAUAGACACUGGGUCUUUGGAUGAUGACUACGCCACGCAGUUGGCCAUCGUACUCCAGGACGGCGCCAGCGACUCCGAGGGCGGCGCCAGCGGCUCCCCCAGCGCGCCUUGCACGCCGCCGCGGUCUGUGGCCGGGGGCAGCGAGUCCCCGCGCGCCGCGACGCCUGCCAGCGCCGGUUUGCGCGACACCUAUCACGGCAUCGUCCUGUACCAGGAGGGCCACAAUGGGCCCGGCUCGCGCCUGGACCCGCCGACCGAAGACCCGCUCGAUCCCGGAGGUGACAUCUCCCACCGCCUCCAGCGCGCCACCGCAGCGGAGUGGGGCGAGAUGCACGCCAAGGGCCUCUGGGACGGAUUCCAGGACCUCGGCUCCGUCGAGGCCACCGUCCACGCCGCCCUCGCCGAGAUCCUCCAAGACACCCGGAGCCACCGCGAAGUGGGCUCGGACGCAACGUUCGGCGUGCGCCUGCUGGCGCCCACGCCCUUCGUUGCCGCCACCCGCGCGCUCUGCGCGAGGGGGGGCUGGCCAGCGGAGGCCGCGCUCUUGGAUCUCAUGGCGUUCACAAACUUCCUGGAGACGCCGGGGACGACCCUCCGAGACCAUAAGAAGGAGAUUCACGCCCGCGCGCCCACUUUGCCAUGCCUGCAGGGGAACGAAGUGUCGAAGCGCAAGAGUUCCAAGAAGAAGUUUUUCUUCGAGACCCUGUUUGGCACGGGCCCAGAUGAGUGGAAGCAGCAGGCGUUUGUGUGCAACGACGGUACCCCGAAAGGCAUGAGGCUGGCGAUCAAAAACCACAGCCGGCUGGCCAUCGUCUCAAACGAGUCUAACAGAACCUACGAGACGCCCUGGAGCGAGAAGGCCAUGGGCAUACAUCCUGUCAGCCGGGCCAUGGCCUGCACGCUGUGCAACUGCGAGACGGAUAACUCCAUCUCGGGGAUGGGCGCCCACCGCAGCAUGUGCUAUAACUUUCUCCACGCCGUCUCGGGCCAGUGCGAGUCUGUGGAAUGGAUUGCGCGGCCCAGCCCCGGCGGCUUCACGAAGAGGCUCGCUCUCACGUCGAGCCCGCAGACGCUGCUCAAUCCCGACCAGCAGGCGGACGACUCCCACCAGUUCUUCAAGGAUUACGCGGCCUGGGGGUUCGAGCACAUCAUGGCGCGCGGGGGGCCGCGGGACCGAGUGCUCUCCAGCCGCGCGCGCCCUGUCUUCCGAGAUAUCCUGCGGGCGAUCGCGUCCUUCGUGGCGCCGGAGGGGCCUGCGCAGAGGGCGCUCAGCGAGAGGCCGGACAGCGGCGAGUGCGCA